AUGGCGUUCUGCACGUAUUGCGGCAAGAAUUUCCAACGCAACGAGCAUUUGGAACGUCAUUUGGUAACUCACACCAAUAUCAAACGCUUUAAGUGUUCAAUAUGCCAUAUCUCAUUUUCUCGGGGUGAUGUGCUUCAAAAGCACCUAGCAAUCCAUGGGGAUGUUGAUAACGACUCUCCUCAAGGCGUUGCUAGGGUGAGGGCCCGGACUCAGACAGCAUGCCGCAAUUGCGCUAAGAUGAAGGCUAAAUGUGAUUCAAAUUCGCCAUGCAACAGAUGCCGGUCAAAGAAAUUGACCUGUGAUCGCCAAUCAAAGAGGACACGAGUAACCACUGUCUCGGACCAGUCUCAGCACGCACGCAUUGACGGCGAUAGCAACUCUCCGGAACUUACAAGCAGCCGCGAAAACGAUGAUAUCAAUGAGCCGGCGACGCACAAUCAACACACUCAUAGCGUGGACCAUGUCGAAGUACGAUUUGAAGCCGAUUCACAACCACAGAAGGAAUUGGGCAUGUUCAUUAACAAUCGUUCUUUUAUGGAUUGCGCGACCGGCCCGGCAUCUGGUCAAGAGAGCUUAAUAGCGUCUGGGGCUGGUCUGGUUCCAAAUAUUCCGACUCUAGUAGAGUGGCCAGCCACAGAUGCUUGCCAGCAAAUUGACACUCCAAAUGUUACUAGUCACUAUGCCCCUGAUAAUUCUACAAGUGAUGUAACGGCUAGUAUACCAGAUUUCGUGAGAGAACAAAACGACUCGUCUAAUGCCAAUUUGCAAGUCUCGCCUCAAAACAGUCAUGACAGUCCAUGGGACCCGAAUAUUCGGCCGUUAGCCGAGGCCUUGGAGCACCCAGCUGUUCUAGAAGGUCGAGACUACUGGUCUUCCUUUCGGUGCAAUCCCAAGAAAGACCCAAUUGCUUGUCCUAGGACUGCUGGUAUCUUCCUCGAAAGCCUCAGCCAAAUGCCAAAGUACGAUAGGCUUUGGAGUUGGUUCGACCUCGAUUUCUCGGGUCCGACCUUCACGGACAAGAUAAUCAGCAUGCCACUACUAGAAAACACGCGAGACACGUUAUCGGCUAUCUCACAAUCAUUCCUCCAAAAAGCACUCGAGGUUCACAAGUUAGAUCCUGCAGCGGCCUCUGUUGACGCAGCAUCUCCAAGUAGUGACUUCUCACGUGGCUUUCUCGUUUUACCGCCUGCUGCGACCCUGGAAUAUUUUCUCGGGGAAUACAUGCGCCUCUUCGAACCCUUCUAUAAGCUUAUCCCCGGUGGGAUUUUGGAUGCAAACUUUCUAUUGGGAGGGAGUAAUAACCGUGCAGGCACGUUGUUAAUAUUACUUAUGAUUGCUCAAGCGGCUAGUUCAGACCCUACGACCGAGGGCCGUCGUCUUUCGGCGGGGUUGACAGAAGUUUGUAGGAUAUCACUGUUUGAUCUGAUAGAGAAAGACGUCUCUACAUGUCACCACUCGUUCCCUGUGCAUUCAGCUUUGUUAUUCAUUAAUCAAGCUGUUUGGAGCGGCGAUAAAUGGUUGAUGGAUAUUGGCUCUGGUCAACGAGGCAUCUACGUCGCGAUGGUUCGAAACGGUGGCCUUUUCGAUAUUAGGGACAACUAUCCGGAUCCUGAUGGCGAUUGGGGACUAACUAGAACUCGAUGGUUAGAGCGUGAAAGGAUUAUUAGGCUAGCAUACGCAUGGGUUCUACUGGAUUUGGAAAUGAGCUUGUACCAAGACACGAAUCUCCACAUCCCAGUAUUAUCUUUGAAUUCGUCGCUCCCUAGUAGUGAAGACCUAUGGCUAGCUCCUGAUGUCGCCGCAUGGCAGCAGCUCCUUACGCGCGACGACGACUCGGGUGUUGGAUCUUAUUCUACCCAACCUCUACCACAACCGUCCUUGCGUGCGCUAUUCCAAUGGUUCCUAAAUGAUGACCUCACGCCACAGAAGCAGCAAUAUCUUAACCCUCUGACUCUGCGGUUGCUUUUGCACCCCUUGCAUGGACUAGUAUAUAGCUGUCGACAACUACUAGAUUGUCUCGGGGAAGUAACAUGCUCUCGAUCCUUCUCUCCUAUCACCAAAGCUUCUACGCACGUCCGAAUGCACGAGAUAAGAUCAUUACUGAAUCGUUGGCUUGACUUAUACAAAUUAAGCCUAUCAGGGUCGUGGGUAUCGACGAUAUCAGAUAGUAAUGAGACGAAUGAUGCAUCGAUCACAGCAACUCUAAUCACAUAUCACAUCAUAAAUCUGAAUACAGUUGCUAGUAUCCCCGAUAUUGAGGAAUUGGCACGGCGCGAGUUAUCCGAUAGAGAACUUCGCCAGUUCUCCCAAGAGGCAGGUUGCUUCGUGCAUAAUCCUAAAGAAGCUGUGUUUCACGCCGGUCGGAUCUUAUAUCUUCUCCGCGGCCUCGAUCGGAAAACGCGACCGCCUUGGUGGCCGGCGGCUUUGUAUCGUUCGACGCUCUGCUUGUGGGCAUCCAGCAUAUUCUACGGGCCGUUAUGGGCGUCUGCAUCAUCGUCAUAUCUUUUGAUCGAUGAACAGGAAGGCGAUAGCCUCGACCCGUAUAGUUGGAAUCUAGUGAGAGGAGCGAAUAAAGAUGAUGUUGUUGGCUUACCCUGGGACUCCCGCUCACCGUCCCUUGUUCCAGCCUUGAAGAGUCCGACUGGAACAGGAGGGCCAGUCACACUAGAGCAUCCUAACCUUGUCUUAGAAACAUGUUUAUUGGUUUUUGAUACGGGAGUACCAACAAGAGUUUGUGAGGGGAUUCGGGGUAAGCUAAAUCAACUGUUACAGCGUAGGAGUGUUCUUAACAGUAAAUAA